CAAGUAGAGGCAUCGUUCUAUUCAGUCCGUUUUACCGCGCGCCGAUGGCACGCACCUUCACGGGGUGUCCCGACGACUCUAGAUAGUGCAAAUCCCACUGGCAUCAUACUCAUUAUCACAUAAAUUGUGGAAGCGGCGCAUUCUCGCGGGAAUUUUCGUCCACACGAAAAUUCUUCGGCGCCGAGAUUGUCGUACUGCAAAAAUAAAGAAGAUACGGCCAGAUAUUUAUUUGAGCAACGUUUUUAGCGGCACUUUUGUUAGAGUGACCGACACUGAAGAGACGUCAGUUUUCGAAGAGAUAAGGCUUGGCAUCAAUAACGGUGUGCCAAGGCUAUCUACCAAGGUAUUUCGUUGUUGAACCACAAUGUUGUUAAAGUUACGUGUGGCGUUUGGUAUGAUAUAUAUUAUCCAUGCAAUACUACGUUGGAUCUUGUUAUUUAUACGCAAGAAGCAGAAAAUACCACCGAUAACAGAUUCCUUGUUCACAUUUAGCGCCACUGCACUUGCUAGAAAAAUUAGACAAAGAGAGAUUACCUGUUACGAAGUAAUGGAUGCAUAUAUACAGCAAAUUAAAAAAGUGAAUUCUAUCUUAAACGCUGUCGUCGACAAUCGAUUUGGCGAUGCAAUAUAUGAAGCGAAAAUUUGCGACGAGCAGUUAGCAAACGGCAAGUUUAGCAUUGAAACGUUAGAGAAGGAGAAGCCACUGUACGGUGUACCGCUCACAGUCAAGGAAUGUUGUGCUGUUAAAGGUUGCAGUUACACAGGUUGUUCUUUAGGCCACAAAGGGGCAAAGGCAUCCUGCGAUGCCGUAGUUAUCAAAAUACUCCGAAACGCUGGAGCGAUCCCAGUGUGCGUUACAAACACUCCGGAGAUGUGCUGCGGUUUCGAGAGCUCGAAUCUAUUGUACGGCCGUAGCUAUAAUCCUUACGACACCAGGUACACGCCCGGCGGAUCAUCUGGCGGAGAGGGUGCGUUGAUCGGGGCAGGUGCUUCCGUGAUUGGAAUUGGUUCGGAUUUGGCUGGCUCUAUAAGAGUACCGUCUCUUUACAACGGCAUUUUUGGGUACAAACCUACGGCUGGAAUUGUUUCAAACAUAGGACAUUUUCCAUAUAGCGAGGAUAAAGUUUUUCAAAAACUCCUGACCAUAGGUCCGAUGGCCAGAUACGCGGAGGAUCUCGGGUUACUUAUGAAAGUGUUGACGUCUACGUGCGAUCGCAACCUGCGUUUAGAUGUGCCGGUAGACCUGCGGCAAUUGAAGGUCUAUUAUCGGUUUAGCAUGGACGAGGCGUUUGGCACAUUACGGGUAGUGCCGGAAAUCAAAGAUUGCAUACAGAAAGCCGUAACGCACUUUACGCAAUACGAUAUUCGCGCGGAGGAGUUGCCGAUAGAAUGGCCGACCGAACUGGUUGAAAUUGUGUUGAUCGAGCUUUUGAAUAUACAAGAUCUCCCACAGUUAUUGAUAGACGCUAAUGAUCCCAUGCUGAAAAAAAAUCCAGUUAUGGAAUUGGUGAAAAGUCUGUUCGGCUUAUCGCAACACACACAGCAGACGAUCUUCUUCAGCAUGAUGUUUGAAACGCGUUUCCCGUUCUCGGAAUCAGAUGUAUUGCAUUACACGAAACAGGGAAAGGCGAUUCGGCAAAAGCUGCUGGAUCUGUUGGGAGAGGACGGAAUAUUUAUUUAUCCGACUUUUCGGCGUCCGGCAGUUUUUCCUGAACUUAGCAUAUGCGAAACAUUGAACACCACUUACUGCGGUAUUUUCAAUACUUUUGGCUUUCCGGCGGUGCACGUACCAAUGGGACUCAACCACAAGGGAUUGCCCAUCGGUGUUCAGGUGAUAGCCGCACCUUAUCAGGAUCGUCUCUGUCUGGCAGUUGCGAAAGAGAUGGAGACGGCUUUCGGUGGUUGGGUACCGCCAUCGAUAUCGAUAAGUGAAUAACAAAUUAUCGGGAUAGCUUAUUCUGUAAGUAACAGAUGAUGUUAUAUAUUUUUGUCGCAUAGAAAAGUGGCACGAGAAUAAUGGAGCUACUUCUACAGUCUUUUACAGACAGUUGUUUUCGUAAAAAAACUUAGGAAUGCGAUAUUUUCAAAGAAAAUAUGUUUUAUUUCUCUUGCUAAAGAUUUAUUAAUAUAUGUAUAUAAAUAUUUUUUUAAUACACUAUUAUAUAUAAUUAUAUUAAUAUAUACGCAGCGCAAUCAUGGAUACAUCGCCCGAAUGAGACUACUAUUUUAUAGUUUGAAAUUUUUGUAAGAAUCUUUGUUAUAUUUAAUUCGAGGUAUAUAUCACUA